UGUUCAAACAUUAAUAACAACACGAAACCGGGCCCAUUUUUUAUCUUAGAAAAUUAAACCCUAAUUUUUGCUAAUUAAUCUUCUCCUUAAUUAUUUAUUUAAUCACUUUUUAUUUUCUUUGACUUCCUCCUCCUUUUAAUAUUUCAAUAUUGUUAUCUUUAAAAAUACAAUAAUAAUGCCUUUAUUUUCAUCAUCACUAUCUUCUUCAUCAUCUUCUUCGUCCUCCUCCUCUUCUUCUUUUUCUUCAGCUUUUUGGUUUGAUUUUUCCUUCAUGGAUUCAUCGGAUUUCCCUGUCAGUAAAUCUCCCCGGAGAGAGAUUCAAGGUCCUCGGCCGGCGCCUUUAAAAGUUCGUAAAGACUCCUACAAGAUCAGGAAGCCACCAGUGCCGCCACAGCAACAACAACAAAUCCAACAACAACAUCACCCACACCACCAAGCGCCGCCGCGGCCUCCGGUGAUAAUCUACACUGUGUCACCGAAGGUAAUUCACACAAACCCUAGUGACUUUAUGAACCUUGUUCAACGCCUUACUGGCUCUUCUUCUACUUCUUCUACUAUGACUUCUUCCGCCUCCGGUACAUCGUCUUCUUCAUCGACAUAUGAUCCUUUUAACAACAUGAGCGGUGCAAUUUCGCCGGCUGCAAGAUACGCAAGCAUAGAAAAAGCCGCGAAGACGCCCGGUAAGAUGAAGAAGCAACAAGUAAUCGGCCACGAUCAUGAAGCUAAUAACAUUGGCGGUUUCGUAGAGGGGAUUGAAAUGGAUCAUAAUAUUGAAAGGUCAAGUUUUUUUCCAGGGAUUUUAUCUCCAGGACCCACUUCACUUCCCACGAUAUCACCAAGCUUCUUUUCGCCACUGUCUGAUCCAAACUACUUCAGCAAUUUCUUCCAUGAUUUGAGUCCAGUGCUUCAUGGCAACAAGAAUUUCAUGGAAGGGAGCUUCAUGCCAAGCCCUCCCAGCUUUCUUUCCCCUCACAUACCAUCUCCAACUCCAUCGUUAGACAUCUUCAACAAUUUCUUUGACUUCUAGGCAGAGAGGGGAAAAAAUUAAAAAAUCUUUUUGUUUUUGUUUCUUUUAGGGUGAAGAUUAAAGAUUAAAGAUUAAAGAGAAGGGCAGGUUUUGGAUUGGUGUUGGAUCUUCGAAAUUGAUGAAGAAAUGGAAGAAGAAGUAGAAGAAGAUAGAAAGGGACGAAAGUGGAAUUUCGGAGGAUAUGUUCUGGUGCAUUAGAUUUGAAGAAAGUGCAAGUUGGAGAAAUGUUAAUGGGUUUGUCUUUUCAUAUUUUAAUUUUGGUUGGUCGGAUUGAGUUUGGCCGCUCAAAUAUAAUUUUAUUUUAUUUAUGUAAUCUUGAUGUAACUUACCCCCUUGGUUUUUUCAUAUCAUUUUUUGUCGUGUAGCUCUUAGCAUUAAAUUUCAUAUAGUAAUUUCUAACUUCAAAUUAAUUAAUAAAUUGCCCUUUCUUUGUUGUUCA